CGCUGAUUGGCUGCGCCCGCAUAACCCGGAAGAGAUUUGAGGGUUGUGGCGGUGGCGCCUGCCGUGGGUUUGGGUCUGGGGAGGAGCGUGCGGCUUGAGGAUGAACGCCCCUCCGGCCUUCGAGUCGUUCUUGCUCUUCGAGGGAGAAAAGAAAAUCACCAUUAACAAAGACACCAAGGUACCCAACGCCUGCUUGUUCACCAUCAACAAGGAAGACCACACGCUGGGAAACAUCAUUAAGUCACAGCUGCUGAAGGACCCACAGGUGUUGUUUGCUGGCUACAAAGUCCCCCACCCCCUGGAGCACAAGAUCAUCAUCCGUGUGCAGACCACUCCCGACUACAGCCCCCAGGAGGCCUUCACCAAUGCCAUCACCGACCUCAUCAGCGAGCUGUCAUUGCUAGAGGAGCGCUUCCGGGUGGCCAUCAAGGACAAGCAGGAAGGGAUUGAAUAGCUGGCUGGAAGAAGUUUCGUUUCCCUUCUUAACUUGGGAUCUUUUUCACUGACGACAGCAGCCUGCCAGCCGUAGCCCCUGCUCCAUGCCCCUCACCCUGGUUGACUUCUCUACCUGAUGCUGACAUGUCCUGUACAGAGACUCUUUUACCUUCCUAAUAAAAUGUGGCAAGAAAAA